GCCAUUCUCAUGACUGAUUGCUCUGUAUCAGUUCUAAGGUGUUAGCUCCCAUCGUGAAAAAAAACACGGAAAGUUUAGGAAACUUUUGCAAAAACGAUGCUAAUUUCUCGUCAAGGAUACAGGUUUUGUUCAUAGAGUUCACUACAAAUUAGUCAGAGAAGUUCUCCACUUAAAUUCUGAAAUAAGUGAAAUAAGCUGGUGAUUUCGACAAUGCUUGCUUCCAAGUUACUUGCCAUUUCUGGCAUAUGGGGUUCGAUAGCAGCCAUGGCAGCAUGGGCAACUUAUGAAGCAACAUCAUUACCUUACGGAAACUGGGCACCAAUGUUAUAUGGAUUCCUUGCUGUCGUCGCUAUGUGCAUCUCUGUCCUGUUCUUGUGGAUACUGACCUUUCGUCCAUCUCCUCAGCAGGGAGUUCUGUCGGCCCUGCAUCAACUUUACUAUGCAGGUACUUCUUACAUCAGAGGAAAGUAUCACCUCCAAAAACUUAAGGCAGGAUGGAUAAACCCACGGCGUGUGCAAAGAGAUUUUCUUAUGAGAGUUCUAAAGGAAAAUGGGGACACCGUCUACGGAAGGAACUUUAAAUUGAAGAACAUCUGGAACGUAGAAGAAUUCCGCAAACGUCAUCCGUUGACGACCUAUGAAGAUUACAAACCCUUUAUUGAGCGCGUGAUGGCUGGAGAACGUGGUGUUAUGACACAACAGUUACCAGAUGCGUUCAUCCAAACUUCCGGAACGACUGGUCCCUCAAAGUAUUUCCCACAGAGAAAUCACAAGUAUGUCUUAACACUCGCUCUCGAUAUUCUUUUCGCCAAUAUUCAUAACAUCUGCCCACGCCUCGGACUCCUUCAGAAAAGGCUAUUCCAAUAUGUCCAUCCUGUAAUUUCUAGAGCUAAAAGUGGAGGGAGUAUCAGGUCUGCUUUGUCAUUUUAUGAGGAUGAUGGCCUCGUUGCAUCAUGCUAUUCGACACCACCCUCAGGCUUUCGAAUCCAGUCCUUUCAAACAGCGAAUUACGUUCACCUUUUGUUCGCUCUCCUUGAUCCGAAUCUUGGUGCACUCGGUGGCGGCUUUAUAGGUAGUAUUGCCUCUAUGAUGAAUCAGUUGGAGCAAUGUUGGGAGGACAUUGUUUGUGACAUCGAGCGUGGAACAAUUAAUGAGAAGGUGAAGUUUGAUGAUGAUGAUGGCAUCAGGUCGUCUCUGGAACAGGCUCUUGGCAACGGUCAUCCGGAGAGGGCGGGCGAGCUUAGACGUCAGUUCAAAAAAGGGUUCGAUGGUAUAAUGAGGAGAUUGUGGCCGAAUCUUGAGCUCAUGUACGGAGUAGAUAACACUGGAAUUUGGCCGGAUCUUAAGAAAACAUAUGCUUCAGGCUUGCAAUUAGUGAAUAUUGGAUACGGAAGUUCAGAGGGAAUGUUUCUCGCAUGUUCUCCUUGGUAUCAUGAGGAUAACCGUAGUAUGGCAUUCUGGCCAAGCUUGGCCUUCUUCGAGUUCAUCAGACUUGAAGACUCGAAACAGAGCCAACCUAAAACUCUUCUCAUCGAUGAGCUCGAGGUCGGGCAGGAGUACGAGAUCGUCUUCACCCAAGAGAGUGGUCUAUAUAGAUACCGGGUCGGAGAUGUCGUACGGAUAACUGGAUAUCACUACAACUGCCCUACAUUCGAAUUCAUGUAUCGGUUGGGCUUAAUCCUGAACUUGCGUUACGAGAAGAUGAAUCAGGUUGUCCUGAAAGAAGGUCUCCAGUCGGCCGUGGAUCAGCUGAAAUUUGUAAUUCUAAUCGACUAUGCAGUAGCUGAGAGCACCCUUAUUCCGAAAUCAUCAUCAGCUUUCGAAGAGACAGAAGACAUGCCGUAUUACGUGAUGUUCUUAGAGCUUGGCCAACAAGGAACCACGACAUCCGAUGAAAUCAUGAAUUUGAUUGACAAGGAGCUCCGUCAUCGAAACAGCGAUUACGAGAGACUGAGAAGAGAGGGCGCCAUCUCCCGUCCUCGUAUUCACAUCAUGAAGCCCGGCACGUUUGAAGAUUUGAAGAAGUAUGUACUCAACACGACCAAUACGACUGCGAACCAGUACAAGGUCCCACGAAGGCUCCGUACCGUUGACAUGCUUGACUUCAUGUUUGAUCACGUGGUUUAGACUCGUCAUCAUCGCCAUUAUUUUUUCUUUCUUUCUUUUUUUUCAACACGUGCACGUAGACCUGUAUCAAUAUAGCUCAUACAGACAUAUAGCAUUUUCAUAUUUUCCUUUGAGGGAAGAUAAAAUAGCAAUGUAGAUAAUAUCCCUUGCCAGACAGCUGUGCCUAUUUCGAAUCCCGGACAUCCAUGUUGGGGUUAGUUGCCUCAGACCACUCGGUCAAAGCCCAUAUACAAUUACAUCAUUUAUUUUUAACAGAAAUGUAGCAUUAUCUAUUGUCUUCGUUGUUGAAUGCAAGAGUUUUCAACCUUCAUCCCGAAGACAUAAAAAGAUAAAAGAAAAUAUGAUAUAAAUGAUGAUGGGUCCAUGCCCAUGCCCUGUCCCUCCUUUCACUUCCAUUUUUAAAUGCACCAUCUUCCCCCACCCCCCCCCCCCCCCCCCUCCACCCCUUUCUUUCCGCUCUCGCUGGUAUCGAUUUUCUAGUUCGUUCUAAUAUUUGAUUAAUGUUUCUUUUUAAUUGUUUUCGUCCUCACCGUUUGUGUACAUACUGGAUUUGUUAAAUGCUGAAGAAUUUACUCCUAGUCAUGGGAAUCGCCUCUCGUACAAGGAUUUUUCUUCUUGGCAAGCCCAUCCUUUGUAUUCCAUUGACUUAUCUAUGCCAUAGUUUGGAGAUAAGGCCAUUAAUCAUGUCAAUAAAUGCACUUGAAUAAAUGAUAUCAAAUUGUAAUUGCAAGCAAGGAGUGAAAGGAGACCCGGGCGCCGUCCCACAAAUAGUCGCGAUUGAUCCAAUCAAUCGCAACUAUGGACGGCCAGCACCGUCUACAUCUAUUAUGUAUGUUUGUUCAAAAAUUUGUCUCACUACGAUGUAUAUUCAUGCAUUCCAUUUUCCUUUUUGAAACUUCACUGUGCUUCUCUUUGUUUACAAAGGACAUCAUGUAAAUUUCCUGUAAAAAAAUAAAUUAUGAUACUGAUGGAUUUCUGUAGAGUUACAAUUGAUUGGAUCAAUCAUAACUCUUAGUAAGACCGGGCCCUGGGAUAUAAGCUAAAGCACUUAGUUCUUUGAAUCCGACACCUACGGGUUCAAUAAUCUGAGUGCGAACGUUUGUCUCCUAUCAACUCUGGCAAUCUCGAAUAUACAUUUAGAAGGUGACGCAGCGGCUUGCACAUUACACAAAUCUUAUUGUUACGUUGUUAUUUCUUUAUUUAUCAUUUCAAAUCAUUGAAAUGUAUGUAGGGCAAAAUGUAGAAUGUAUGUAUGUGCAUUGAACAUGUUGUCGCAUGAAUCUUAUAUUAUAAAUUUGUCCGUGUCU